ACCAUGGGCAAUAAGUCGUCGCUGAUGCUGCAGGAUGAAGAAAUUAGCGCCAUCCAAAAUGAGACUGGCUUCAGUGCAUCACAAAUUGAACGACUGUACAGUAGAUUCACCAGCCUGGACAAGGGCGACAAUGGCACUUUAGGUCGGGAGGACUUUUUGCGAAUUCCCGAAUUGGCGAUCAACCCACUCGGAGACCGCAUUGUUCAGGCGUUCUUCACUGAAAAUGAAUCAUACGAUGAGCGAAUUAACUUUCGCCAGUUUAUGCGAGUACUAGCCAGCUUCAGACCCAUCAAAAAGAAUCGCGAGUCUAAACUUAACUCGCGUGAGGAUAAGCUUCGCUUUGCCUUUAAAAUGUACGACCUGGACGGCGAUGAGAAGAUCAGCCGCGAUGAACUCCUCUCGGUUCUUCAUAUGAUGGUCGGUUCGAACAUCUCCACCGAGCAGCUGGCCAACAUUGCCGACCGAACGAUCAUGGAGGCGGACAAGGACGGCGACCAGUGCAUCACAUUCUCUGAGUUCUGUAAAACGCUGGAGCGUACUGACGUUGAAGAGAAGAUGUCCAUCAGGUUUCUUCAUUAG